AUGUCAGCAUCGCCCGAACCCCAGUCAGACUCCCCAGCCGCUGAUCGCGACGAACUCCAAGCUGAACUUGACGACCUCAACGACGACGGCGGAGAUGCAGCGGACGACGCAGGAUUGUCUGACGACGAGUCUGUCCUCUCCGAAGUCGACGAAGCUCAAUUUGAAGACUUCAACCCUGAUGAUGUCGACAUUGAGGAUCGACCCGCUCUCGACGUCGAUGCUGAGAAUCUAAAGUUGAUUGGUCGUCACAAGCGUAAGAGACGUGAUGAUGAAGAUGGGGAACCAAAACGGACACGGGAGGGGAGGAGAGAGAAGAAGAAGCGUGCACAGAAGGAUUCGGAUGUUGAGUCUGGGGAUGGGAAGGCUGUGCGGCGAAAAGCGAAACCGAGACGAGAGGCUACACCGGAGGAUGACGAGACGCUGAGUCCUGAAGAGAGACGCCGCCGUGCGCUUGAUCGUGCCAUGGACGCUGCUCUGAAGCAAAAGACGAGACGACGGAGAAAGGCAGAUGGAAUUGACCUCGAACAAAUGGCCGACGCAGAAAUCGAAGAUAUGCGAAGACGCAUGACAGAUGCAGCUCGCCUCGACGCUGAGGCCCGUCGUCAAGGCCAACCGGCCAUGCACAAACUCAAGAUGCUACCAGAAGUUUUAAAUCUGCUGAAUCGCAACCAAUACACAGCCAGUCUCGUGGACCCGGAAAUAAAUUUGUUGGAAGCCGUCAAAUUCUUCUUGGAGCCGCUCGACGAUGGCGAGCUUCCUGCCUAUAGUAUUCAGCGUGAUUUGAUGGAUGUGCUUGGCAAGCUUCCUAUCAACAAGGACUCUCUCGUGGCUAGUGGGAUUGGCAAAGUGAUUGUGUUUUAUACCAAGAGCAAGCGCCCUGAAUUGAAGAUUAAGCGACAGGCUGAGCGCCUCUUGGCUGAUUGGACUCGACCAAUCCUUCAGCGGUCGGAUGAUUACUCGAAGCGUGUAUAUGAGGAGGUCGAAUUCGAUCCUACACGCCUGGUCAACCGCGCCAAUAUCGCUCAACAAACUGCCGAAGAAGCGCGUGCGCGUGAGCUCCUGCCACCUCGUCUUGCCAACCGUGCUCGUCGUGAGAUGGGUCAUACCUCGUACAGUAUCGUUCCUCGCUCGACGGUUGUUCAAGACAACAAGUUUGCGCGCCCAGUUGGUGCCAGUGGAGAGGAUCGUUUCCGUCGCAUGAAGGCACGGCAGUUAAAUGCAGGUAAACCGUCGCGCAGGUGA